CACACACACUUUUUUCUUGUGUUUCUCCCUCCACUUGGAAACUGCUGUCGCGGGGAAGUAGUGUGACACUGUGCCUGCGCUACAGAGCCACAGAUGCCGCUUCGCUGCUCCACUGAUCGGUCGGUGCUGAUGUGAAAACAUCCAGAGACGAUGAGCAGGUUCAUUAAGCAUGGUUAUAAAGUAAAGUCCCCUCUCUGCUGCAGAUGGCUGACUGUGCAGCUCACACUUGUGGAAUAUUCCUGGAUUACGGCAGAAAGACUUCUUUACUCCUCUGGGACUAGACUCGGUGUCGUGGGCUGAUUCGUCUUCUCUGUGAACUGCAGCUUUUAGUCCUUGAACACACUUUAGCUGAGAUGAAUAUGUUAUACAUCGUGAUUGAAGUAGUGAUUGCUGUUCUCUCCAUAUCCGGCAACGUGCUGGUUUGCUGGGCUGUCGCCAUCAACACCACUCUGAAGAACGCCACCAACUAUUUUCUGGUGUCUCUGGCCGUGGCUGAUAUCCUGGUCGGUUGCCUCGCCAUCCCCUUCGCCAUAACCAUCAGCGUCGGCAUCCGCCUGGACUUCUACGGAUGCCUCUUCCUGGCCUGUUUCGUCCUGGUACUGACACAGAGCUCCAUCUUCAGCCUUCUUGCCAUAGCAAUCGACAGAUAUGUGGCAGUUAAAAUCCAUUUAAGGUACAAGGAGUUGAUGACAGGAAAGAUUGCCCGAGAGAUCAUCGCUAUUUUAUGGAUCCUCUCCUUUAUCAUCGGCCUCAUCCCUUUCUUUGGCUGGAACCUGAAGGAUUCCAGUUGUAGGAACAUCAGCUCCAGGGCAGGCAACACUACAAACGCCACCCCCAUGCAGGAGCUGAGCGGCGGUGAAGACUUGCUGCAGAGUUGCAAGCUGAAGUGCUUCUUUGAGAGCGUGGUGGACAUGCACUACAUGGUCUACUUCAACUUCUUCAUCUGCGUGCUGCUGCCUCUGCUCAUCAUGCUGGGCAUCUACCUGAAGAUCUUCACCGUGGCCAGGAAGCAGCUGAGGAAGAUCGAGCUCAAGUGCGUGGGAAACGGCGACAGCCACCACCACGGGCUGUUACAGAAGGAGAUCCGGGCGGCCAAAUCCCUCUCCAUCAUCGUGGGACUGUUCGCCUUCUGCUGGCUGCCCGUCCACAUCCUCAACUGCCUCACGUUGUUUUACGGGGACCUGAAGAAGCCGGGUGUCGUCAUGUACGUGGCCAUUAUUCUGUCUCACGCCAACUCUGCGGUCAACCCCAUCAUCUACGCUUACCGCAUCCAGGACUUUAGGGACACCUUCCGCAAGAUCCUGUCCCAGCACUUCCUGUGCCGCAGGGAGGAGCUGUACGUCAGCUCCAACGGCAGAAGACGCAACAGAGACCAAAUACACAUGACCAUCGACCCUCUACUAUAGAAAGUCGAGCUGAGGAACAGCGUCGCCUGUGUCAACUCUGUGGUUUCAGUCUUGAAUUUAAUUUUUACUGAGGUUUAUAAUGUUUACAGAAGAGGGGUAUGAGGUGGAGCUGAAGCGCCUUGAAUGUGGACGUUUAUUUAUGAACUGUGCCAAGUGUCAGGGGUCGAGCAGUGAAACGUUGAAAAGUGAGUCUUAUGGAACUUUUGUAUUGUGAAGGAUUUCAGAUUUUUUUUUUUUUAAUAAAGUGAACUGGAUGUGUAGGACUGUGAACAGGAUCCAAACUUAAAAUGCUAUUUAUCAUUCUGAAUCCACCCUGUUACUACUAAUCUAAACACUUGUUUUAUAUUGUCAACAUUCAGAAACAGUGUUUGAUAAUUUAUUUAUUAUAAACCUUGUGUUUGAGCAUGUAAACAUCAGAAAAAAACUUUGUGUGGCUAAAUCUGUACUUGGGGACCUAGAAAGGUACAACAGCAGUGAUCUACAUCCCACAUUCAUCCUCAUGACCACCACAGGCUCAAUUUACGGAAAGAAGGAUCUACAUGGUUAUAAGAGGAGGCUUAAACUAUUUGUCACAUUAUAUGUACAAAUACCUUUGUAUAGCAGAUAAGUGCCAGUGUUUGCAGGGACCCCUGCCCCUGCACUGUUACAUCCUGCACAGAAGCUGCAUGUGGCGCAGGGACAUGGUGGAGGACACAGAGGAAUCAUAAACAGGCACUCUCCAGCCAUCAACUUCACUAGAAGAAAAUGAGGAUGAAUGCAAGCAUAAACAAGAAAGAAAAAGUUAUUUUCCUAUCCCAUGAAUCAUCUCUCAGAACCACAGGGGUCACAGAUUUUUAUCGUGAACCCGUGGCUCCGAUCCAGAGGAGGGAGUUUCCGUGGGUUCCUCGACAAACAACUCGAUUUGAUUCAGUCACGCAGGACCAGAAAUAAGUAGCAGUUCACCAAGACACACCUAUUGUGGUGCUGCCUAUUAUUUCCAUAUUUAUUCAGACAAAGGCUCAGGAAGUGGGAAAGUGACUGUAGGCUUUAUAGAAAUAAGGCAUCCCCACAGGGCAUUCUCAGCUGCUUUGUGAGUAAACAAGCCAGUUAAAGUUUCCUCAUCGUGCAGAUUCCCAUGCACAUGUAUCUAGUGGCUCACAGAAUAAAAAGCACCACUGCUUUGUUCAGUUAACUGUAAAUGAAUGUUACUUGCCUGAGGAGUGCAGCUGAACCCCCCCACCCCACCCCUGAGAUAGUCUUUAACUGGGAUCCUGAGGCUCCUCAGUCCUUCCAAAGCUGCUGAAGUCACCGACCGGCGGUUUGGAUUUUUAAGGCUGAUCCCUCAAAGGACACCUGCCCUGAGGACUCAUUUUAAUCAAACUGCUGAUAAUUUAAUACUCUCUCUUCUUAGGAAAGAUAGAUGACAAAGUCCAGUUUGCCCCAGAAAAGGAGAGAUCACUUUGGAGAGUGAAACAGGAACAGUGACACGUUGUCCUUGUUUGCUCACUGGUGCUCGCAGGGCAACAUCAUAGUUUGAGGGAACGCAGCUGCUGCACUGCUCGUGUUCUUUAGGCACCUGAUGCUGUCUUUCUUCUCCGCAGGGCUGUGGUGGCUGAGGAAUCUCAGAAAAACAUCAGAUUUGAUAGAGAUUAAUCAGAGUUUUGUUUUUGGGGUGUUUGUAAUUUAUGUGAAAAAUAUCGGGGUGUUUUCGAUCACCUGAGAGCCAUCACUACACACAUGAAAACACAUUGCACUGACAUUUUCGAGUAUUUCCCACAUGGUGUGCUCCAUUGGUCGCGUUGGUGUUGAACCAGUGUUCUUAAGUUGAGCACUUGCCUCCACUGCUUCAUUAUCCCCCCCAUGUGUCCAGUGAACGACCUCUGACCUGACUUCAAGGGCUAAAAUACAGGAGUGUGCCGACAUUUUAGUACAUUCCAAUGGACACAACUAUACUGUAACUGCACUGUAACGUUGUAUUAUAUUGUCAAUGUCGACUGAUGUGUGUAAAAAAUAAGUACUGUAGGUGUCCGGCUUUCUACGAGCUCUUCAUUGAUGUCAAACUUCUGCCUCGUUCUUUUUGUGAUUAAAAAAAAGGAAAGACGGACAAUAACAAGUUGAUCUGGUUCAACAUUCCUGCCUUUCAUUCCGAAGUAGCUAUCUGUCGGUGUGCUAUAGUGACGUUACUAAUCAGGAAAAACAUCCACUGUGCUCGAGCUGACGUGCAACCUUUUCCAGAGGCCAUUUUUUUUUUCAUUCAACAAAACAACAGCUGCGAACUGAUACUGCUAUUUAACAUGAUGCAAUCUGUAUGUAUGGUGAAUAAUUUUGUUAAUAAAGUUCAUGUUUAUAUUGUUA